AUGGCCGCCCCGAGGACGAAGCGGCAGCGCCUGGAAGCCGUUAAGAAGCUCAACUUCGGUGCAGACGACGAGCGGGCUCCUGAUGACUUCCAAGACGCUUGCCAAGAGGCGUCUUCUGCUCCUCAGGCUGCCAGGGCCGUGGUGUUCUCCAGCCCGGAGCCCCUGGAGCUGAGUGGCCUGGGGCCCCUGCAGACCACCCCCCACUCCCAGAAGCGGCGGGUCCUCAAGCGGCCGCCCAUCCUGGAGGAUUACAUCCAUGUGACAUCCACCCAGGGCACCCGGGUCUUCAUGGUGCUGAAGGACGACCCUUCCAGGACAGGAGUGGAACUCCCUGACUCCCUGGGCAGGACUGCACACAGGCCGCUGCACUUGCUGGGGGUGCCUUUCUCCUACCUGAAGGAACAAGUGGAUGAGGAGCGCCGGAGGCACGUUCUGAAGGCAUCAGAGCAGCUCACGGAGAUACUGAGCAGUUGCCUGGAGAGCGAGACCAGCACGGAGGGCCCAGAGCCCAGCGGGGCAGCGGCGCCAGCAGAGGAGGAGGAGGAGGAGGAGCUGGGGCUGCAUUGCCUCUGGGUGGACAAGUUCACCCCCCGGCGCUACAUGGAGCUGCUCAGUGAUGAUUACACAAACCGCUGCCUUCUGAAGUGGCUGAAGCUCUGGGACACGGUGGUGUUUGGGAAGGAGAAGGCUGUGAAGAAAGCCAAGGCUGAUGCUCAUCCUCCAUUUAACAAGCCCAAGGAACAGCAGAAUAAGUGGAAAACAAAGGUCCAGCUCAUGGAGGAUAUUUUGGAAGCUGAGCUGGACCAGUACAAGAGACCUAAAUACAAGGUAGCCCUGCUCUGUGGCCCUCCUGGCUUGGGGAAGACCACCCUAGCCCACGUCAUCGCGAAGCACGCGGGGUACAACGCUGUUGAGAUGAACGCCAGCGACGACCGCAGCCCCGAGGUGUUCAGGACUCGCAUCGAAGCUGCCACCCAGAUGAGGUCUGUGCUGGGUGCCAACGAGAAGCCCAACUGCCUGAUCAUCGACGAGAUCGACGGCGCGCCCGCGGCAUCUAUCAACGUGCUGCUGAACAUCAUCCACCGUAAGGAUGGGGAGGGCGAGGCAGGGGCUGGCACGGGCCGGCGGAGGCGGCGCGAGGGUGGCCUGCUGCUCAGGCCCAUCAUCUGCAUCUGCAACGACCAGUACGUCCCUGCCCUGCGGCCGCUGCGGCAACAGUCCUUCCUGCUCACCUUCCCCCGCACGGCGCCGUCCCGGCUGGCCCAGCGGCUCUGUGAGAUCGCCCUGCAGCAGGGCAUGCGGGCGGACAUGGGCGCGCUGCUGGCGCUGUGCGAGAAGACUGACAACGACAUCCGCUCCUGCAUCAACACCCUGCAGUUCCUGCAUGGCCGAGGCCAGAAGGAGCUGAACGUGCAGAUGGUGCAGACAAUGAGGAUUGGCUUGAAGGACCAAAACAAAGGGCUCUUCUCCAUCUGGCAAGAAAUCUUCCAGCUCCCAAAGGUCCAAAGGCACAGGAUAGGAAUGGACCCUACUUUGACAACCCAGCUCCUGGUGGGUGAUGAGGACCUGUUGCACCUUGGGGGGACAGCUGGCUUCAAGCAAUCCUCUCACCGCUUCCACCACGUCCUGCACCUGGCUGUCUCCUCAGGGGAGCAGGAGAAGCUGGCCCAGGGUCUGUAUGAGAAUUUCCUGAACAUGAAGGUGCGGGACUCCAGUUUGAGCUCGGUGUGCUCGGCCCUGGAGUGGCUGGGCUUCUCUGACCUGCUCAGCCAAGCUGUCCUGCACGGGCAGAGCUUCCAGCUGAUGCGGUACCUGCCCUUCCUGCCCGUGGCUUUCCACCUGCUCUUUGCAGCCGCCCACGUUCCCCGCCUCGCUUAUCCCAGCAGCCACCACGAUGCCCUGGCCAAGCUGCAGCACAUGCAGAACCUGGUGGUGUCCAUGGUGUCGGGGAUAGCGCCCAGUGCCCGCAGCCGCGCGGGGCAGCAGUCCCUUGUCCUGGAGGUGCUGUGCCUGCUGCUGGACAUCAUCGCCCCCAAGCUCCGGCCGGUGAACACCCAGCUCUACAGCCUGAAGGAGAAGCAGCAGCUGGCAGAGCUCAUCAGCACCAUGCUGGCCUACAACCUCACCUACCACCAGGAGCGCCUGCCCGAGGGCCAGUACAUCUACAGGCUUGACCCGAACGUGGAGGACGUGUGCCGGUUCCCGGACCUGCCCGCGCGCAGGCAGCUCAGCUACCAGACCAAGCAGCUCAUUGCCAGGGAGAUUGAGCUGGAGAAGAUGAGGAGGACAGAGGCUUUGCUGCAGGCACGGAACCUGGGCGAGCAGGAGCCCAGGAACAGCCUCAGUGAGAGGGAGAAGCAGGGGGACACGGGGCCAGCCAGGCCCCCCAGCCACCAGCAGCGCCUGGAGCACAUUGUCCAGAGGGCGACGGUGGAGGACAAGCCCUCAGAGGAAGGGUCAAUCGAGAGCCAGAUGGGAAAGGCCGUGGGGAAGAGCGACGUUUGGUUCCGCUUUAACGAGGGGGUUUCCAACGCAGUCAGGAGGAACAUCUACAUCAAGGACCUGCUCUAG